AUGUCAUCGUCAUUUUAUUCAAAUGACUAUGUAACCACUUCUUUGCUAGAUGCACUGAUCAAAUGUGGAGAUACGUCCACUGCGACGGUCGUUAUCUCCAAAAUGAGAAGAUCGGCGAUCGACUACGUAAAUCUUAUGACUGGAUUCAACGACCAAAAAGAAGGAGAACAAACAAUGAAAUUGUUUUAUCAAAUGAAGCGUGAAGGUCUAGAGCCAGAGAUGAUCACUUACUUGUGUGUUAUCAAAACAUUAGCACUCAUCGGUGAUCUUUCACUUAUCGAACCAACAAUCAAGCAAAUACCUCAAUCGAUUCUUUUUGGUAAUCAGAUUCGUGAUGCUUUGAUUGAUAUGUGGGUAAGACAGAGAUCAUUUCGUGUGUUUUGUGGUAAAUGGAUCGCUUCCGUGGGGUAA